UCCAACACUUACUAUGCCCAUCAAAUAUUCACUAUAUCCAUCAAAUAUUCACUACACUUAUCGAACACUACCAGUAUCCAUCCUACAUCACCAGGAACCAUCAAACAUUUACUUGUAUAUCGAACAUGACCAGUACCCAUCAAACAUGACCAGUACCCAUCAAACACUCACUACAACCAUCCAACGUUUACUACAACCCCCAAAUACUCACUACAUCUAUCGAACGCCACCGGUACCCACCGCGUCCCCCCUGCUCAAACCCCCGUGGUGAUGCUUGGGAAGAAGCCAGUCUCAGUCUUAUCUCGUGCGCGUCUUUCGCAGUCUUUUGGCCCUACCGCCAGGGCCCUUGGCCCGCAUGUCUAGGGCCAGAUAGGUUGCGCGGCCCCGCGGCCGCAAUCGUGGGCCCGGCAGUUCCACCGAGAUUCGCCCCGCG